AAUGAAACUUGCAACAGAGAGAAGGCAGAGCUGUGUGGAGUACGGUGCAGAAAGAGGAAUCUAACAUCAGCCUUUCCAUAUCUAUAACUAUAAAGUAUCAGUGAUGGCCGCUGUGAGCUGUACUCUCUCUGAGGAGCAGUUCCUGUGCUCCAUCUGUCUGGAGGUCUUCACUGAUCCAGUCACUACACCGUGUGGACACAGCUUCUGCAGAGUCUGUAUCAACAAACACUGGGACAGCAGCGACCAAUACAACUGUCCAGUCUGUAAACAGGACUUCAGCUCAAGACCUUCCUUAAAAAUCAACAUUGUUCUGGCUGAGAUGGUUUUUGAAUUCAAGAAUAAACCUGGAGGCGAAGAUAUUCAGGUUGAAACAAUGAAUUCAGAGCUCCAGUCCUCUGCUCCAGCAGAGGUGUGCAGUGAGGUGGAGGUUCCUCCAGCAGAGGUGAGCUGUGACGUGUGCCCAGAGCCCAGACUCAGAGCCCUGAAGUCCUGCCUGGUGUGUCUGGCCUCGUACUGUCAGAUCCACCUGCAGCCCCACCUCACAAACCCCCGUCUGAAGAGGCACCAGCUGAUCCAACCUCUGCCCAACCUGGAGGAGCGCAUCUGCCCUGAGCACGACCGACCUCUGGAGCUCUUCUGUAGGGAACACUCACACUUCAUAUGUCUGCACUGUAUGUCUGAAGGACACAAAGACCAUCAGACAAUCCCCCUGAAGGAGGAGGGUGAGGAGCACCAGGCCACGCUGAAGAAUCAGAUUAAAGAAAGACGUCAGAAAAUCGAGGAGAUCCAGCGCUCAGUGGAGCUCAGUCAGAGAAACGCAGACACAGAAAUACAAGAAGGUCUCAGAGUCUACAACGCUUUGAUGGAGUGUGUUCAACAAAGUCUGGACAAGUUCAAACAGAACAUUGUAGAGAAGCACAAGAAGAACGAGGAGGAGGCAGCUCAGCUGAUAGAGCAGAUCCAGACAGAGAUCUCUGCGCUGGAGCAGAGAGGAGCUGAGAUGGAGCAGCUCUGGAGCUCUGGAGACCACCUGCACUUUGUACAAACCUUCACUUCAGUCAAACCUGCUCCACAGCUCAAUGACUGGACCGAGAGAAAUAUCUGUUCAACAUACAGUAGAAUGUUAGCUGAAGCUCUCACCGAACUUCAGGAUAAUGAGCUUAAAGAGGAGAUUCAUAAAGUUUUUAAGGCUGAACUUAAAAAACUACAGGACCAGUAUGCUGUGAAGGUCACUCUAGAUCAUAAUACAGCUCACCCAAACAUUAAUGUGGAAUAUUAUUCAACUAAAGCACAGUAUACAAUUAAGGAAAACAAUUGGACAUUCUCCACUACAAGAUUUACUUCAAAGGUCUUUGUUUUAGGACGACAAGCAUUCUCUUCAGGCAAGUUCUACUUUGAAGUCGCUGUGAAAGGAUCAAGACAAUGGGCAGUGGGAGUGGCAAAAAAGUCAGUACAUAGAACAGGUAACAUAAGAACACAACCGUAUUAUGGGUUCUACUUAUUAGAAUGGGACAGUGAAAAGUCAAAUCGAUGUCAAGUCGGUGGUUGUUAUGUGAAUCUGAGUCAUAUGCCAAUGGUCAUUGGAGUGUAUGUGGAUUAUGAGGAGGGCCUGGUCUCAUUCUUUGAUGUAUAUACUGCUGUUCUCAUCAGCUCUAUAACUAACUGCUCUUUUACUGAGGACCUGCUCCCAUUGGUGAGCCCUGGUAAUGGUGGUGGUGCCAUGCAAGUGCAAUAAGGUGUUUGUUGUUUGACCUGAGACUUGUUCUAUUUAGAAAGACGACGAUGAGCAGCAGUUGUAUCACAUUAAGACAACAUAGUGUCAAUUCUCUGUAACUGUCAGUAACUGUCAUUGUGCACACAACACAGAUUAUCAUGAAAGUUUGAUUUGAUUUGAAACUGACUCUGCAGAUGCUACAAUCACUAAUAAUCACUAAUAAUCACUAAUAAUCACAGAACAAUUAUUUGUGAAUGCAUUGUUGUGUAUUGACGCGAGCUAAAGCCUGGCUUAUUUGGACAAUUCAGACUCAUAAAAUCCUCAGUUUGAAUUAAGUCUAUAUUUUCUGGCCUUCCUGGAUUCACCGGGAAAGGCACAGAGCGCAACAGAAAAAUAUCCCUCUAUAUUUGCUUAUGCCAACAUAGCUUCCAGAACAUUCUCUUCUUUGCAUGUUACAAAUAUAGGUCAAAUUAAAUGUAAAUAAAUAUAAAAUUGAAAAUAACAACGACUUUGUGGUCUUUAUUUCUUGACAAUGUUUUUCUUCCCUCUCGCAAAAAUCGUAACAACCAAAGGAGAGGAGGGGGAAACGGGUAGAAAGGGUCUGUCUGACGAACUGAGAUUUCGACACAUGGCUGGUGUAGUACCAAUAGUCCAAUGGGUAAAAUAUUUGUCUAGAAACUGAGGGGUACCUGAUUCAAAUAUUGGUUUGAAUAUUAUUUGAGUCGUUUGCCCAAUUUAGCAAAG